UUCCAGAUCAGGUACCAGUCAUGCUUUGAGAAUCUUAAGAGGCUGGAGAACGCACAACUUCAAAGAAUUACAGGGAAUCCAUUACAGCAGAACCUACAGGUGGGCAGAAGUCACAGGUGUCCUCAAGAUGGAACCGUGGAGAUGGAACGGAUGCAGCAAAAUCCUCUGGGUUUUUAUUGUGCAUUUCUCAGGUUUUAUAUUUGUGGAAGGGUCUGGUCGCUGUAGUCUCUUUAGCCGGCAGCAUGUACAAACAUUUGACGGUGUGAUUUACGAGUUCCCCGGAGACUGCAGCUACAUGCUGGCUGGAGACUGCCAACAACGAAGCUUCUCCAUCCUGGGUGAUUUUUCUCAUGGAAAGAGGAAAGGAGUCACUGUGUUUCUCGGAGAAGUGUUUGAGCUUCACCUCUCUGUUGAUGGAACAUUGUCACAAAGGGCAGAGAGGCUGCCACUGCCGUACGCGUCGAGCUCAGUGUUUGCAGGGUUCGAGCUGGGGUUCGUUCAGUUAUGGAGUGAAGAGUUUGGAUUCUCCAUCCGUAUAGAUCCCUCACAUAACAUUCAGCUCACCCUUACCAAACAACUCAGCAAUCGCACCUGCGGACUGUGCGGCAACUACAAUUAUUUGAAGGAGGAUGAUUUUACCGCACAAGAAGGUUUCCUGACAGAUGACUCGUAUAACUUUGCAAACUCUUGGGUCAUGAAUGGAGCAGAGGAGCCGUGUAAACGUGUGCCGCCCCCAUCUCAGAGCUGCAACAUUACCGGAGAAUCCGCCAAAGAUCUGAUGUCGCAGUGCGAGGCCAUGAGCAGCUCCGGCCUCUUCCUGCGUUGUGCGCCCCUCAUCGAUCCGGCACCGUUCGUAUCUGUGUGCGAGUCUGAUGUAUGUCACUGCUCGACGGGUGACGAGUGUGUUUGCCAGGCCAUGCUGGAAUAUGCCCGCACCUGCGCCAGUCGCGGAGUGACCCUGACCAACUGGCACGUACAGAACCAGUGCUCUCCUAAGUGUCCGGUUGGCAUGGAGUACAGCGACUGCACCUCGGCCUGUUCUACUUCCUGUCAGAGUCUGAACAUUCAGGAAGUUUGUAAGGAACAAUGUGUCGAUGGCUGCAACUGUCCAGCUGGUAAGGUGUUAGAUGGAGAACGCUGCGUUGAUGUCUCUCAGUGCUCCUGCACUCAUGCAGGACGACGCUAUCCUCCUGCUUCCUCCAUCUCGCAGGACUGCAACACAUGUAUGUGUCACCACGGAUCCUGGGAAUGCACCAAUGAAGAAUGCCCCGGGGAGUGUGUGGUGACAGGACAGUCCCAUUAUAAGACCUUUGACAACAAAUUCUUCACCUUCAGUGGUAUUUGUCAGUAUCUUCUGGCCAAGGACUGUCUGAGCAACUCGUUCUCCGCUAUCAUUGAGACAGCACAGUGCGCGGAUGACCAAGAUGCUAUUUGCACGCGAUCAAUUUCGCUGAGGUUCCGCGAUCUGGCCUAUCAGACGGUUCGCCUCAAGCAUGGGGGUGUGGUCUCUGUGGAUGGAAUGGAUGUACAGACACCUUUAAUAAACGGUGCGCUGAGAGUCCAGAAUACCGUGUUGUCAUCUGUAAGACUGAGUUAUGGAGAUGAUCUUCAUCUGGACUGGGAUGGCAGAGGGCGUGUUUUGCUCAGGCUAAGCCCUGCCUAUGCUGGGAAAACGUGUGGUCUGUGCGGUAACUAUAACGGUAACCAAGGAGAUGACUUCUUAACGGUGGGCGGGCUGGUGGAGACGCGCGUCGAAGGAUUCGGCAACGCUUGGAAGAUGAACGCAGAGUGUGAAAAUGUCCAAUUGCAACAGUCUGAUUCCUGUAUCUCCAACCCCAAGAGAGUGCGUUUUGCAGAAGAGGCCUGUGCAGUGCUGCUCUCCGUGAAGUUUGCACCGUGUCAUUACGAAGUGAACCCUGAGCCUUAUGUGAAGAACUGUCGCUAUGACGUCUGCUCGUGUGCAGAUGGACAGGAGUGCCUGUGUGAUGCUGUGCGCAGCUAUGCAGCCGCCUGCGCAGCCAAGGGAGUGCUGAUCAACUGGAGGGGACAAGGAUACUGUGAACUGACCUGUCCGGAUGACCAGAUGUACGAGGCGUGUGGAAACGUGUGUAAUAAGACCUGCAGAUCGCUAUCCCUGCCUGACAGCGACUGUCAAGGGUUGUGUGAGGAAGGCUGUUUCUGUCCCAUAGGACUGUAUCUUAGUGACGCCGGUGAAUGUGUGUCAGAGGACCAUUGCACAUGCCACUAUAACGGAGAGAUCUUUGAGCCCAAUGACAUGAUUGGUGACCAUCACUCCAUCUGUGUUUGUGAGAAAGGAUCGAUGCAUUGCAGUUCUAGUGAAACCACGGGGUCGACCCUGUCAGAUCUGUUCUUUGAGGAUCAUCUGCCGUCAAGAGAGCGGCGUUCUAUCGCUUGUCCUCUUCCGCUGGAGCGGUUCGAGUGUAGCAGUGUAAGGGAUGUUGGGAUUGAGUGUGCCAAAACCUGUCAGAACCUGGACGUGGAGUGUGUCAGUUCGGGAUGUGUGUCCGGGUGUAUGUGUCCAACUGGACUGGUUCGACACAAAAAAGAAUGCAUUCCACAAGACCAGUGUCCUUGUUUCCACAAUAACCGCCCCUAUGCUUCAGGACAGAGCAUCAAUGUGGAUUGUAACACCUGUGUUUGUGAAGGACGUCGAUGGAAGUGUACACAGCGUGUGUGUGACGGCGUGUGUCGUGCAAUAGGAGAGUCGCACUACAUCAGCUUUGAUGGACUGAAGUUCUCGUUUCCUGGACCCUGCCAAUACGUCCUCGCUCAGGAUUAUUGUAGCGGAUUGGAGGGCACGUUCAGGGUUCUCGUGGAGAACUCUGCCUGUGGGAUCGCAGGUUACCGCUGCAGUAAAAGCAUCACAGUGUUUUAUAUGGGAGGGUUGAUCAUCAUGGAGAACAGAGAGGUGAGGAUGAAGAGGCCGGUGUUAAAAGAGACAGAAGUUGAGAUUGUGCGCUCAGGACAGUAUUACAUCGUCAUGCUUGGAAAACACAUCUCUCUCACCUGGGACACAGGAACCCGAAUAUCACUACAGAUCAGUGGAUACUACAGGGGGAAAGUCUGUGGCCUUUGUGGAAACUUCGAUGGCAGUCAGAAUAAUGAUCUGAUGAGCAGCAGUAAUCAAAUGGAAAUGAACUUUGCUGAUUUUGGAAAUUCCUGGAAAGUGCAACCCAGCUGUGCUGAUGCAGUUCAGGUUCCAUCUCAAUGCAGCACUGACCUGGUAAAGUUGGUGACGGUGGAGCAGUCCUGUCGUGUGCUCACCAGCACCCCCUUCAGGCAGUGUAACAGUGUGGUGGACCCAGAGCCAUAUUGGGACAUCUGUACUCAUGACACGUGUUCAUGUGCGUCUGUGGGUGAUUGUGCGUGUUUCUGCAACGCCGUUGCUGCGUACGCACAUGAGUGUGCUCAGAAAGGGCUGGUGGUGAACUGGAGAUCCAACGACUUGUGCCCUCUUAGCUGUGAGGAGUUAAAUAAGGACGCAGGAGUGGAGUGUGUGUGGAAAUAUAACGCCUGUGGUAGCGCUUGCCCCAGAACCUGUCAGCACCCUGAACCUCUGAACUGUCCCGUCACAUGCGUGGACGGAUGCCAUGCUGUCUGCCCUGCAGGACAAAUUUUGGAUGAGGUGCUGGGGAGGUGUGUGGAACCAUCGCAGUGUCAGGAGUGCAUGCAUGCUGGAGAGAGGAUUUCCCAUGGAAAACAGUUCAUCCUCAACCGUGAUGAUCCUCAUCUCUGUCAGAUAUGCCAUUGUGAAAGCAACACAAUGACAUGCACUCCAUGUCCCGCUACUGGUUUCGCUUCCACGCUUGCGCCGACCACUCCGACGCCCAUGCCCUUUUCCACACCGGUGCCGGCGGAUGCCUGUGAUAGGGCGAUGGACUUGGCAUUCUUGGUUGACGGAUCAUCUGCUCUCAGUGAGGAAGACUUCAGCUUGAUCAAGCUCUUCAUCCUUAGGGUCGUGGAGCGGUUCCGCAUGGGUUCUGCCCAUACUCGCGCCACAAUCCUGGUCUUCCACUCCGGCGUGAAGAGUUACAAUAUGCAGGUGCAGAAGUGGAUUUUUAAGAAAAUGGUGCGUGAGCUUAAUUACAGUGGUGGGGAUGUGGCAUUCAUGGAUGAGGCUAUAAAAUACCUGGCCGUUUACAUUUACGACAAGAACAAGCGCGAACAUGCGGGCCGGGUUGCUAUCUUACUCACCGCGAGCACUAAUCCGCGUCCCAUGCGUAGCACUCAGCGUUUGCUCCGUAAGAAGGACAUCACCAUUCUCGCAGUCGCUCUAGGGCCCGACGUCAGCCUGGCGCAGGUGAAUGAGAUCGCAAAGGCGACACCUAGCAGCCGCGCAUAUGCAUUGAGCGGUCCAACGGAGCUCGACGAUAAAGCUCUGGCCAUCACAGACUAUCUUUGCACUUUGGGGCUGGACCCAGAACCUCCAAAGAUCCCCUCCACCAAAAAAACGACCAGCACGACAACGUCAGCAACUUUAACACUUGCUGCAACCUCUAAACCUAAUGUUGUCACAGUUCCUCCAACUGCUGCUAUUCUCACUGCGUAUCCCAGCAUCCUCAGCCCCGGUACUACAUUUCCCCCAUCCACGGUAUCAAUGUAUGAAGUCGUCUUCUUGUUGGAAAGCUCUGACGCAAUGGGCGAGGAAAACUUUAAUAAAACACUUGACGCGCUGGUGGAUGUGAUCGCUUCACUUGAUGACAAAGAGGUAGAGAAUCUUCGAAUCACAGUGAUGCAAUACUCCCUCACUGUCACCGUGGUGAUAAACCGCAUGGAGUUGUGGCACAGGGAGCAGGUGCUGCGUAGAAUGCGACAGUUGCGUUGGACAAGAGGGGCGGAGGUCAACACGGGCCAUGCCGUUCAAUCUAUUUACGAGUCCGUUACAACGGAGAUCCCGAGCAGUUCACCAGACCAGUUGGUGUUUCUUAUAACACAGAGCCCGCCCACUGAUGUGAUUCGGCGACCUCAGAGUUCCACCCGCAGAAAGAUGUAUCCAAUUGGGAUUGGCCAACAGAUUCGAUACGAGGACCUCGCACCGCUGAGUUUUCCAGAUGAACCCAUCAUGCUGGAUAAUCCUUCGGACCUGAAGAAAUUACGUCCUAUGCUGAUUAAUAUCAGUAGAACGAUCAACAGACCUCUGGUGCCCAUGCUACCCCCCAGAGCAACGCUGCCCCCUUCAGUGCCGUGCACAACACCCAUGGAUCUGCUGUUCCUGUUAAGAGCCUCUUCUGACAACCAGUUUGAAGACCUGAAAACAUUCGUCAAAACCUUUGUAAAGAACACGCAUAUCAGUCAUAACGACACACAAGUAGCAGUGAUGGUGUAUGGAGCAAAACCAGCUGUGGCGAUCUCCUGGAAAGAUGAACAGAAUAAAGACAACCUUCUCAAGCUCCUGGAUAACUUACACAGAAAAGCAGACAACACAUCCAGGCUGGGAGCUGCUCUGCGAUUGGCAGUUCAGACUGCCGUUUCCUCUAGCAGCGGAGGACGGAUGGGCAUCCCUAAAACCGUGGUUAUGAUAGUGUCUGACAGGUCAAUAGACUCUGUGAAUGAGGCAGCAAACGAGGCUCUGACCGCUGGUGUGUCUGUGUUUCCUAUUGGACUGGGUCAGCAGUAUGAUCAGACUGAACUGAGCGUGCUCGCUGGCACACACGCUGAGAACAACAUUGUUCGGCUCAGCAGCACCGAGUAUCUGCUCGCCAUGGUUGCGCUGGAUCAGUCAUUCACAGAUAAACUCUGCAGGGCGGGUCCCCCGGGAGUGUGUGUGGAUGAUGAAGGAAAUGAACGGAAGCCCGGAGAGGUGUGGAGGUUGGCAGAUGGAUGUCACUCAGUGUUGUGCAACCCGUCGGGCACAGUGACGUUGCAGAGCCAUCGAGUCAACUGUGAGAAGAUGGAGCCUCCCGUCUGCAAGAACAACCUCCCGGCCCUGCGACUGAACCACACCUGCGGCUGUACCUGGGCCUGCCCCUGCACGUGCAUGGGCAGCUCGUCCAGUCACGUCGUUUCAUUUUCGGGCGCGGCUAUGAAGUUGAGAUCCGCUUGCUCCUAUUUGUUGCUUCGCUCGGGAGGGGCAGAGCUCAUCUUGCUUACAGCCGCCUGUCAAAGCUCCCCCAAUCAGAUCUGCAUGAAGAGUUUGGAGCUGCGGGAGGACGGGACCUCAGUGAUAAUACAGGAUAACAUGAAGGUGUUAGUGGACGGUGUGGAUACUGCAGUUCCCUUCAGGACAGGGCGAAUAACUGUGACACAAAUCGGUUCGAUCCUGCACCAGCUGAGAUCAGAACAACACGGUUUCACACUUACGUUCACUCCACACAGCAAUGAGUUCAUGCUUAACAUGGACAUCACUAUGGAAACCAACACAACUGGAUUAUGUGGUUCCUGCUCGGAUGAUCAGUCCAGUCUGGUGUUGUCUGACGGUAGUGUGACCGCAGACCCUGAGGUGUAUCUGAAGGGAUGGGCUCUUGGCGAGUGCGUCGUCCAUCAGAGGGUUGAGUCAUGUGCUGCAGGUGUGGUGGUGGGAUGUGACGUGUUAAGUUCUGAGGUGUUCGGUCGCUGUCACGCACUGGUGCCACCGCAGGACUACGCCCAGAUCUGUCGGAGCGUGGCCUGCCAGCCCAACGCCAUGUGUGACCUGGUCUCGGCAUACAGCAGCAUGUGCCGACAGCUAGGAGUGUGUGUGGACUGGAGAACGCCCACCCUGUGUCCCAUGUCAUGUCCGGACUCUCUGGAAUAUGCUGCAUGUCGAACGGGAUGUUUGGAUCAGUGUGAACAGGGCCUGUUUUAUCCCGGGGACAUGGUUGCUAUGGGCGAUGGUGUAAUCAAGGCUAAUGGAUCCCAGUGCUUGACCGCACCCACCGAAGGCUGUUUCUGCCCUGAAGGGUUAGUGUUCAUGGGAGGUAAAUGUGUCAGCGAAGAGGCCUGCAGUCAGUGUGUGGACCACCACGGGAGAACUCACAAGUUUAUGGAAAGCUGGAAUCCUGAGGACAACCCUUGUCUGCUGUGCGUGUGUCUCAAUCGACAGCGUAUUAACUGCACAGCUCUACCCUGCACCAAUGCUCAAGCUCCAGAGUGUGGACAAUGCGAGGUUCUCCGGGAGAAGAUGGAAUCCAAGUGUUGCCCUGAAUAUGAGUGUGUGUGUGACACAGCCAACUGUAAGCUCCCGGAUCCUCCAAACUGUGCCGACGGGCUCAGUGUCGUCCUCACAAACCCUGGAGAAUGUCUGCCAGUUUACCAGUGUGUGUGCAAAAAGGAUCUUUGCGCCACGACGGCCAAACCCUCCUGUCCUGCCUACAAGAGGCUGGCGGUUAAACAGACGGAGUGCUGCGAUUCGUACGAAUGCGUGUGCGACUGCCAGAGCGUUACCCGCACCUGCCCACCAGGUUACAUCACGAAAACGACUGCCAAUGAUUGUGACUGCGUAGAGGUCACCUGCACACCGGAUAAGGUGUGUGUGGUGGACGCCGUGGUGUAUCAGGUGGGCAGCAGGUGGGAGGAGAAGUGCAAAACUUGUGCCUGCACGGAGCAGACGGACAGACAGACAGGGCUGCACAUCGCUCAGUGUGUGGACCCUGUCUGCAACCAGAUUUGUCCUUUGGGAACCACAUACUCGCAUUCGGAAAGCGAAUGCUGUGGUCACUGCCGCCCAUCUAGUUGUGUCGAAGAAGGACAUCUUAGAGAGAUUGGAGAUCAGUGGUUGUCACCGCACGAUAAUUGUGUCUCGAGCGAGUGCGUGCAGGUGAAUGAUGAGGUGUUUAUCCAACACAUGAACGUGUCCUGCAAACUCAUGGACACGCCAACUUGUCCACUGGGCACCGAGCUCCAAUGCAACACUGCGGAUGGGUGCUGCCCGAGUUGUCAUUGCGUUCAAAUGGAUGCCUGCGUGAUGAACCAAACUCUUAUUGCGGCAGGAGAGCGAGUGAUGGUGGAUGUGUGCACACACUGCGAGUGUGUGAGAGAUAAGAGGAGUUAUCGUCUCUCUUGCAGGAAGCUGAGCUGCUCCCCCUGCUCAGAGGGUUAUACGCUACAGCCGAUACCUAAUGCUUGUUGCGGUCGUUGUGUACCAACCGCAUGCAGCAUCCGAUAUUCUGGUGGACAGAUGAAAAUGUUGAAAGCGAAUGAAACUUUUACAGAUGGCUGCACUAAACAUACAUGCAGCGUGAAUAAGAAAGAAGAACUGGUGCUGGAAACUCUGGUUACAGCUUGUCUUCCUUUUGAUCGCAGUGGAUGUGUGGAGAACGGGGGUCAAAUACGUCAGAUUAAAGGCACCUGCUGCGAGAUGUGUGCAGAGCCAGAAUGCAAGAGGAGUGUGGGUCUGCUGAAUUACAUCAGAGUAGAUGAUUGCCAAUCAGAAGAGAAGAUUGAGCUCACUUACUGCGAGGGGAGGUGUGGCAGUAAGUCUAUGUAUUCUCUGGACAAGCACAAGGUGGAAAGCGAAUGCGUGUGUUGCUCGGCUACAGGCACCGUGCCUAUGAACGUCUCCCUGCGCUGUGCUAACGGCACACGGACGCAUCACCAGGUCCUCGCCGUCACCGGCUGUGACUGUAUGUCACACAGCUGUCCGACUACCUGAGCACACACACAGCUGAUAAAAUAACAUACAACAUAAACAGUACAUUUUAUAUAUGCAUCUACAGCAGGUAUGUUUUGUGAUUGCCUUUAUAUCCAACGUGUUUCACACUUUAACCAACAUUUCUGUUAAGCAUUAAAAAGGAUAUUUCAUACAUAAACAUUUAAACGGUGUGUUUCAGAAUCUGACUACGACAUUGCAUACUGUAUAAGUGGUUGUAUUUUAUACACCAGGUGUUUGUUUCUGUAAAUUACAAUAAAGAAAAAGCUUAAAAGAAA